UUAAUAAUAAUUAUAAUGCCAUAAGCAUUCAUUCAAACCAAACUUCAUUUCGCUAGUCAGUGAGAGCUUUGAUUCUAAAAGGCUAGGGGGAUAUAUAUGCAAGAGAUCAAAACUUCUCACAGCUAGAACCAACAAAUACCCACACACACAGAGACAGAGAGAGAUGGGGAGGGCUCCUUGUUGUGACAAGGCAAAUGUGAAGAAGGGGCCAUGGUCACCAGAAGAAGACUCAAAGCUUAAGGAUUACAUAGAGAAAUAUGGAACUGGAGGGAAUUGGAUUGCACUCCCACAGAAAGCUGGUCUGAAGAGAUGUGGGAAAAGUUGCAGACUGAGAUGGCUUAACUAUCUGAGGCCUAACAUUAAACAUGGUGAGUUCUCUGACGAGGAAGACAGAAUAAUCUGCACCCUUUUUGCAAGCAUCGGAAGCAGGUGGUCAAUUAUAGCUGCUCAGUUGCCAGGCAGGACUGACAAUGAUAUCAAGAACUACUGGAACACGAAGCUCAAGAAGAAGCUCAUGGGGAUGCUUCCUCCAUCUCAGAGAAAACCUCCUGCAUUCCCAUCCUCUCACCAAACGCCACUGUUUCAAUCUCAUGAACCACUUUCAUCUUCACCCUACAAAGAAUGCAGCUCUUACUAUUCCCCAACAACUAAAUCCUUCUCAUGCCUUGAGCCCACCAUUUCAGUCCCAUUGAGUUUUUCCAACACCGCCACUCCUUUUUUCCAAACCCAGGAGAGCUGGGUGACGACCUCCAUGAAGUAUUAUCCUGUGAAAGAGAACCUGCUCAUGUUCGGAUGCGAAGGAAGCUGCAGUUCAUCCGAUGGGAGCUGUACUCAGAUCAGCUAUGGUAAUGGGGGCAGAGAGAUAAUCAAACAAGAAGAAAUGGGUUUCCAGAGCUGUAUCUCCGGUGGGUUUGAAGAAAAUCACAACAAGUUCAUGCUUAAUUACGGCUGCAAUGGAGUUGAAAAGGCGAACUAUUUUGGAGAAUUCCCAUUAGAGUAUGGUGUGGAAGAUGUUAAGCAAGUGAUUAGCAGUAGUAAUAGUGACGCAAACAGCUUGUUCAAUAUUGAUGAAAGCAAGACACAAGAGAAGGUCAUGUACUUCUACUGAAGAACUGAUGUCUGACUGUAAGUAAGUAAAAUCAGAAAGAUUUGAUGGGGUAAGGGCGUGGUGGUAGGGGAGAUUCAGAAAAGACUUUUGGAGUUUCUGGGGGUUUGUGUUUUUUUUUUUUUUUUUUUUUUUUUAUGGAAAUUGGAAAUGAAAUAUUGAAACAUUUCUUUUUCUUUUUCUUUUUUGACAGUACAUGGUAAAAGCUUCUUUUUAUUU